CAUAUAUCGGUUAGAAAGCCGGAAUUGUCGUCCGUCCGUGUAUCUUUUUUUUUUUUUUUUACAAAUUGAAAACCGUACAAAACAACGUUAUUAAAUUAUAACAUAACAUACAAUAUUCGAUAUUUUAGUCGGUUAAAAUUAAAUUUUAUACCUCUCUCGAAUAUUAUACGACCGUGUCGCUGUUUUACAAAAUUUACUGAAAACAACACGAAAUAUUCGCACAGAAACGUACACCAUCAUAUGGAAUCGAUUAAAGGUGAGUGAUUUGUGUCGAGCAGGAUUUACCGCUGCAGUAAAUUUAUAAUAUAAAAGCUUAUUACACCUAAUAAUACAUAGUAUAUACAGGUGAUUAAUUUAACCUGAAACAAUCUUUAUUUCGCCAAGUAUUGAUUUUAUUCAAACACAUUCGUUUUUUAAGAAACAAGCCGUUCUAAAAUGUUACAUUCCUAGUAUUUUUUGUCAUCAUUAUUUUUGGGGUCAAACCUACCUUUUCAAUUAAUUUUAAAAUGCCCACCUAUAUUAAAAAUUCCUUAAAUAUAUGAAGUAUUUAUACAGGGUGAUUUUUUUUAUCAUGAACCAGAAAUUAUCUCAGAGGAUUUUAAGUGAAUUUAAAUUCUGUUUUUUCUAAUCAUUAUGAAAUUAUUUAAGCUUUAUUUUAAAAUCAUUUUUAAUUUUUAACCCUACUCCAUGUACCUUAAAUAAGUGCAUACUUUUGAUGUUCAAAUAGAAACUCCCUUUUAAACACAGAUUUGAAUAGAGAAUAUUUGUUUAAAAAUUUUUUUAUGCAUAACACUAAUAUCAGAUUUAACGUUUAUGAGUUAUACAAAUUUAAAGUUUAGACUGGAGGAAUAGGAAAGUGUAAUAAAUUACCUAUCUAUGACAUUUCAAAACUCCUCCGGUCUAAACUUUAAACUAUUAUAACUCAUAAACGGUAAAUCUGAUAUUAGUGUAAUGGAUAUCGAAAUUUCUAGAAAAAUAUUUUCUAUUCAAAUCAGUUUUCAAAAGGGGGGGAUUCUUAUUGUAAAAUAAAAAGUAUGCAAGUAUAUUUCAGGUAUAUGGAGUAAGGGUAAAAAUUGAAAAUGAUUUUAAAAUAAAGCUUAAAAGAUUUCAUAAUAAUAAUCAGAAAAAACAGAAAUCAAAUGAUUAAAAAAAAAAUCACCCUGUAUACAUUCAAAUACAUUUUUGAUUUUAGUCAAUUCGUUAUCAAGAUAUUUCACUUUUAAGUUUAGAUAGAGUGAGAAUAGUGUUGCUUCAUUUGUGUGGUGGUAUGGCGUCCGACGUUUUUAUAAUGCUCCAUUAUAUACUCAUCCCAAUUACCUAAACUUAAAAGUAAAAUAUCUCGUGAACUGGUCGACAGUAAUAAAAAAUUUCAACACCAACAUUUAUUUAAACUAUACUACUUAAACUAUUUUUUCUGUGGUAUUUUUAUAAACAAUAUUUAAGGUUUAGGUGGUGUAGUAAAUUAUUGCACAACUGUCUGUAUAUAAUAAAUGCUAAAAUACCUAUGUUGUUGUAUAGGUAAUUAUUGUAAGUGCCUAUUUAGAAAUAGUUUACGUAUAGAUAUGUAUUAUAGAAUCUACGAUACAUGAUACAUAAUAAUAUUGUGUAUUAAUAUACAGGAAAUGACGUAAACCAUCGGUAAUAACAGAAAAAUACAAAUGCUGCAGUUCUUAUAACAGGUACACUUUGAGAGUAACAGCGACGAACACGUAAGGAAAAUAUAGAAUGACGGCCCAGGUAGCUCUGCCCGAAAGGAGAAUCGACCAACCAGUGGGAAUCGAUUUGGUCGUAUCGUAUUACACGGUAAAUGAUGAUCAUAUUUCGAAUAAUUUAAUUUUCUAGCCGUUUUUAGGCGAAUAAUUUUCGCGUAUAAACAAAUACCAAACCGAAUAAUUAUGUGGUCCGCGAGAUAAAGUAAUAAUUACGAGUUUAUUUCGAGGCGUCUGCACGCAUAAAGAAAAAAAGGGGCAACCGGGGAAACUUUAAAUAAAAGCACAAAUAAACAUCUGUAUAACAUAGGUAGGUUACGUCGUUUUCUCCACCGAAUAUACCAAUCAUACCUACAAAAAAAUUUAUUUUUUUUUUUUAUAGGUACUUAUAUACUAUUUUCCAGAAUGGAUUGACACAAUCAAAAAUGCCUGUAUAGGUUUAAAAAUUACUUUCGUAUGAGUACUUAUUUUGUAAACCUCACAAACGUUUUUUUUCGCAUCAUUUUCAUGCGUCAUGCGGAUUAUAUUGCAGCAGAAUCACGAUCACCAUAUUAUUACCUAUUAUGCAAUGUUAACAUUUCAUUAACAUGUACCUAGGAAUUAGGAUUGCUAGUGAAACAUUAUCAUUUAUAAUUAUAAGUGGCGCUCCCAAGGGAAUAGGGGAUAGAGGGCUUUAGCUCAUUGGUCAUAUUAAAAUACAAACAAUUAAUGCAAAUCCUAUUAAGCAUUGAAAACACGUAUAACUAAUGGAAUAAUAAUUAGAACUAUUUAUCACGUGUAUACGUGAAAUUAAAAAUUUCGUGUUAUAAACCAUGUAAUCCGGAAUGCACGAAUGCGAACAUGUGAAAAGAUAAAUACCUAUACGUGAAUAUAAACUUUAAAAUAAUCAAAUAAAUGUAUUUUAAUUUUUUUUAAAUAUAAGUCUUACUCGAUCAAAAAAAUAACAUCCUUUUAUUGUUGUAUAUUAUACAAUUUACAAUAUGCACUCUUACAAUUUUAAAAUUAAAUUUGACACCGUUCAAAUCAAAAAUAACCCCAAUGUACCAACUAGAUUUAGAAUGCUACAAAAAGUUUUGUUGUAAUUUUUUGAUUGAAGCAAGAUUUCUAGUAAAAAAUUAAAAUCAAAAAUAAUUUAACUUAAUGAUCACGUGAAUAUAAAUCACGGAAUUCAUAUAUUUUUUUAACUCACGUGAGUAUGAUCACGGAAUUCACGUGAAUAUGCAACAUAAAUAUCCGUGUACCCGUGACACGGAUUCAUGUGUGCAAUGAAACACGUAUUUGCACGACUAUUAUAUUACUCUACUAAAUAAAAAUAAUAAAUUGUACCUUGCUACUACACAAUAAUUAUUUAUUCAGAAAAAUAAUUUCAAGAAAUUGGUUUUAUAUAAUAGAUGUAGACUGUAAAUAUAUUUUGCUUGUAUUAUUAUAUACAAUUUUAAUUUAAUAUGUUUAGCCAUUUAGCCGUAAUAUUGUAAAUAUUAAGAUAAACAAUCUACAAUGAUCGAAUCAUAAUUCAAAAUUUAAUUUUUUACCUAGCUUUAUAUUUCCAUGUAUUAUAAUAUUUUAUUAUUAAAAAAUGAUAAUUCUUAUUAUAGCAAAUAAGGUAGGUAAACAUUUUUCACAGAGAAGGGUAAGAGGUUUAAACCCCAUGAAGUUAGAAAAAUGCGUUGAAUACUAGUAUACUAUUGUUCAAAAUGUUUAACAUUUAAGAUUCUGAUUGCAACGAAGAAGCUUAUGGUUUUACAAUGAUGUUUAUUUUUAUUUUAACUGUAAACAACUUUUCUACCAAAAAUAUUACUCUGAUUUAUAAGUGUAGCACUUUUUCUAAAAAGAAAUCUGGCUGGGAAGUUAAUUUUUUGAUUUUCCCAAGCAAAUGUGAAAAACCGGAAAAAAACAUUAUACAACAAAUAUUUUUUAAGAAAAUAUAUAAUGCUUAGUUAAUUAUUUUACCAUAAUAUGACAUUAUAUAUCGUUGACAAAGCAUCACUAUCAACUUAACUCCGCUCAGAAUCGUUUUUUCGUUAUCAAUGGUUUAUCGUUGCUUACAGUUAUACAUUAAAUUCACUUCUAUAUCCUACCUCCUCAACUUCUAACCUUUAACAGUAGCUACACUCACGUGCGAAGUAUAUCCAUCUUUUUCAUGGGUGUCCGCAGAAUUUUUUCCAGGGAGAGGGCAAAAAUAAUUUAAAAAAUAAAUGACGAUUUUGUUUUAUAAAAUAAAUUCUUAACUUUAAUACAUCAUAAUUACUGCAGAUAUUUUUACUUAAAUUGAUUAUUUUCCGUUAAAUACAAAUACGUGAACAUUUUCUAUCAAAUUGUGUUAGUGUUUUUUCAAUUAAUUGGUCCUUCUCUAAAUUUACUUGUUCGCAAUGAACACUUAACAUGCAUAGCCCACUUAGUCUAUGUUCACUCAUCGUUGAUCGAAGCCAUGUUUUAAUGCGCCUUAAAGUACUAAAAGAACGUUCUGUUGUACAACUUGUAGCUGCGAGGAACAUAAAUAUUUCCAAAACAGUUGUUAUACUCGGGAAAAAUGUACAGUUACUUUGGCGGAUUUCAGUGUUUGUCUAAAAAUCGAAUUCCUGCUGAUAAAUUGUUUUAUUCCAGAAAUAUCUUCAGUUUUAUCAGCAAUUACAAAAAAAGUAUUUGCAGUGUUAGCUAAAUUAACUAUUUCAUUUAUAAUUACUUUUCCACAUAUAACUAUGAUAUUAUUUUUAAUAUAAGAUGAUGUAUAUUUGGCAUUACUCUAAUGGCACAUUCUUAUUUCCCUUGUAGUUUUUUUAAUAACAUAGAAAAAACGAAAAAGUUUACGGAAAUAAUGGUUUUAUUAUUUUUUGUUUUCACUUGAAAAUAGGAGCAAGGCUUUUAGAAGAAAAGUUGUAAACAAACAGAAAAAAAAUAUAUAAUUAAGCACCCACAGUAAAAACAAUAGAAUACAUGAUCUGCAGAAGCUAAAAAAAACGUAUGGUAUUAGGCCCACAACGAAACAUUGGGCCACUCGAUUUUUAAAUCCCCAUGGGCCGCCACAGAUUUCAGUUCAGGAUUGUAACUCUAUUGUAACAUUUGGAGACAAUCUUCUUCAGCUCCGUCACCUUUAUUCACAGGUCACAAUAGUGGAGUUCUUAAGUUUUUACUUUCUAUCACAUUUCCCAAAUAAAUUGAUCACCUCAUCUAUUCAGCAUGCCCGUACAUCACUAUAAGCAAAGCUAGUGUAAUCAUAAGGCACUAUAAGAAAUUACCUAGAGCUCAGAAUUGUUCAGACCCCAAAUAUUUUUUUAGUCUACCAUCACAAUCAAAACAUCAAUAUUUUUUUUACAAAUUAUAAUAAGACUAUUUACCUUAAAUUAACUAGAAACGUCUUAUUAAAUAACUAAAUGUUGCACUUACAAAUAUUUUAAUAUAAUUCGAAAAAAAAAAAACGUUUUAUCUACUUUUCAUAUGAAUUAUAUUGCAUCAUGUUAAAAAUAUAAUAAUAAUGGAGGUAGGAACUCCAUGAUAAAUUAACUUACUGGGGUGCCUAUAAAAUCAUUGCUUUUAGACACAUUUUUCCAUUAUUUGGAUAAUUACUUAGAACUACGGUAAUAAAUAGGAAAUUAGAUGAAAGAUAGAUAAAUAAUAAUGUCUUAUUACCUAAUAUAGAAACCAUCAUAACUAAUAUACAUAAUAUAAGCUUAUAAUAUCGCUAAUAACUUCACAAAUAUUAUUUUCAUACCUGAUAAUAAUACAUGUAUGUAACCUGCAGAUUAAAUUUGAAUAAUUAACAUUUAACUUUUAUAUUAUAGGUUAUGACUGUUGCGCUAGUCAGUGGAUUUGGCCUUCUGGGUUUUCUAGCUUAUUGGAUUAGAAAAGCUUGUUCGUAAGUACCAAAACAUAAUAUAGGUAAUACAAUUUAUUAAUAUACAUAGAACUUGUACAUCUUUUUUUCUUUUUUUUAUAAAAAUACCUUUAAAUAUUAUACAAUUUUGAACCUAACCAAUAAUAUUUUUGAGUUAAAUAAUUGCAAUAAGAAUAAGGUAUUUAAUAUUAUACUAUAUUGAGUCAAUUAAUAAACAAUAUUAAAUACAUAAAAAUAAAUAUAAAUAUUAAACAAAACUUUGGUAGGUCAACAUUUUAGGUGUGUCAUAAGUACAAGUCUGUGAGUAGUGUCGUGCCUAGCAAAAUCCACACCCGGUGACAGAAAAAUUUACCGACAAGCAAAAAAAUAUUUAAUUAAAAAACUUUAAACAUUAUCAUAGGCGUUCCUGUAGUCACAGUGCCCGGUGCGUGAGCACUUUUCGUACUCCCAUAGGCAUAACUCUGCUAGCAGGAUAUGAUUAUUAAUUAGGGAACUAAUUAGGUCCCGGAUUAGUAUGCAAGUUUAUUGUAUUUAAUAAGUAUUACUAAUAUUAUUUCUAUCACAUUUUUAUGCUCAAAUUUCACGUUUUCAUAGAAAAUACCGGGUUUUAAAUACCCCUUUUAAUGAAUACUGUAAAAUAAUAGAACUCUAUAGAAAUAUGCAAUUUAUAUGUAUUUGUAUUCCAGUAUACAAAAACGCGAAAAAAAUUAUUACCUUUAGAAUCUAUACAUUACAAAACGUCGACAUUUUUAAUCAAAAUUAUUUUAGAUAAAUUGUAGUAGAAUAUGCAUUUGCAUAAAAAUUCGGUUAAUAACUUUUUGAGCUUUACUACCACAAAAACAUAUUAUGUUUUCCGAGGAAAGGAACGAAACGCGCAUAUACCUAUACGAAUAUGUAGUAUUUGUACCCUUAUUAAUUUUAAUUUAUAAUAACCUAAUAAAAUAAAAAAAAAAAAACACAUUCGUGAGCAAAAGCUCCCUAACUAGAACCGAUUUUUCCUCAAUUAUUUUGUUUUAAAGAAAUAUUCUUUGUAAAACAAUAAAUAACUAAAUACUAUAAUAAUACAAUAGAUACUUUCAAUAGAAUACCAUACUACAAUAAUAAUUAUAUUGUACUAGGUACUUUCAAAAAAAAUUUGAGCAUAAAAACGGUAGAGUAGGAGGUUAAAAGGUAAUAUUUCAACAUGCACAUCUUUGACAGUUGUUGGCAUUAACAAGUAACGUCACGCAAAACAAAUUUCGCCUAACCUUGUUGGGGAGUCUCUAAGGUUUGCUCUUUACCUCUUACGGGAACUUUCACGUGGAUGUGAAACAUAGAACUAAUUGUGGUUGGAUAAAGUGCAGAAUAUGUGACAAGAGAAUUCCAAUGAGACUUGAUUUUAAGCUCUACAUAAGUGUAAUGAGACUGACUAUGUUGUAUGGAUUGGAUUGGAAUGUUGGGUGUUGGGUAUAUUUGCAUUUUGUCUGUUUAAAAGUCUGACUGAGCUAUAAUAAAGUGCACGUAUAGUUCAUUAUCGGCUUAUAAGCGCAACACGCACUCACAUAUAAUAUAAACAUGAAAUGUACAAAAACAAUUCGAUAUUUAUUUGCCCAAGUAUCUAAUUUUAAUUUAACUUGCUCUAUUUUUUUUUUUUUUUUGAAAUUAAUUAGUAAACAAAUAAAACAAUUAGAGAAAAAAAAAAAAAGAAUAUUUAUUUCAAGCAUGAUAAAAAGGUUCUUAGUACCUAUUAUAUUUGUGUGAUAUUUUAAAUUUAAAAAAAAUAUUAUUGUCGUUGGCAUUGAUGUAUUUCAACACUUUUAAAACAAAAUAAACAUUUUUUUAAACGAUUUUAUUAAAAAUAUUUAGUCAUUUUAUGUAUUUUUUCCGAGAUUUUUAGGUCAUCAAGUUCCGGGCUCUAGUCACAACAUAACCCAUGUCUCAUCAUUACUUUCGAAUCUUUGAAAAAUAAAUUUUAAGCAUUUGAUAUUCUGCUUAGCAAAUACUACAUUUUUCCGUAUCAAUAAUAAACACCAAAAUUAAAUAACGCCUAAUUUAUGCAGUACUCGUAUCGUUUUUGACACGAGUGCGGCGCAUGAAUAUAAUAAUUUAUGACCGAAUGCAUGGUGUAUGCAUAUUAACUUUUCGCCCACCCUACUGUCGUAUGGCAACAUUAUAAUAAUAUAAUACAAUUUAGUCCUCGGCACCUACACGGGAGCGUUUAUAUGUGUGGUCCAAAGUCACGGGUAGCGUUCGCCGCACGUGAAACUCGGAACGCACGCGAUAUUGUUAUUAUUCGGCGGGCUCCAUUGUCCGUAUAUAGCGCAGAUAAUGACCGCGGUUAAUUCCCACAAUACACAUUCGUUUAUCGCGUAGUCCGUAUUAAAAUACGAAAUAAUAUUGUCGUUGUCGAUAAUAUAUAUCAUGAUUAUAAUAUACGACGCAUAAAAACCGUACACGCCUUCGCGCAAUUAUUAUUAGGCGCCUACCUGCCUACCGGCGCGGGCAGUGCGUUACGCAUAAUGUCGUGGUUGGCGAACAGCAGCUAUACGCGUACGAUUUUAUCCGUUUUGCCCAGUUCGCCGUUGCGUACGGACCACGACAGUAGUAAUAAUAAUAACGCCACGCCGUCCACGGACACGGAGCCCAGACGACCGGUGCACAUAGUCAACGGCAGAGUCGCGCCGAGAAGACCGGACCACAGCGCCAGGCCGAGGGCCGUAUGUCCAUUUAGAUUUCGGUUCGCGUGGUGGUCUAGGCCCGACCAGCCGAGGCUGUUCGCACAGCUGUGCGAUAACUGUAGAUCGAAUUUGGGAACUAAGUUAGAGAACUUUACUCACUGGCCCCGUGGGAAAACUCGCCUACCCCCGAAAUUACCUAUUUUACGAAAUAAAACAAUGUUAUUUUUAUUUCUCGUUUUCCGUAUAGAAAUGGCAGUCGAUAUCAGUACACAGCGUUGGAGCCGGAUUCUAUGGGACAAGAACGCAUGGAACUGGAACGUAAAGCUCGACAACAUGCUCAAAACGCGUGCAAGCAUUACUUGAGGUUCUGUCCACGAUACGCACUGUUACAACAUCUCAACGACAUUGGGUCACGGUAAGACAAUAUCACUAACACAAUGCUUGUGUAUUAUUAUUAUUAUUAGUAUUUAAAAGUGUACCCAACUAAAAUAUUGAAUGCUAUUGGGUUUAGAGUGGACAAACAUUGGUUCGUAGUACGCGAUGGAUCUGUCAAAACAGAACGUCUAUUAACACUUGUACCUAAAAAUCCUAAAAGUGUUCUCGAGUGUACACCAGAUACCAGACGCACUAUAUUGGAUCUCUUUUUAACAUUACAACACCCAUAUAUAUACCCUGUAUUGGACGUUGAAUUUGUAGAAGGUGCAACUGAUCCAGAAACAACAUUUAUUACAUUAGUGUUACCUUUUAAUAGUAAAGGAAGUCUUAAAGAUCUAAUCUAUAAGGUAUUAUUAAACUGUUACAAUUAUUAUGAAUACAAAUUAUAAUUAAAUUAUAUUUAUAUUAUUUUUAGAGUUGUUGGCAUGAUGAUUGGAGUGAUAAAUAUGGACAACGCAGUGAAGGUUUACCGUUGUCACAAAUUCAAAGACUUGGUCGACAGAUCCUAGAAGCACUUUUAUUUCUCAAAGAAAAACAAUUUCCACAUGAUUGUAAUUUACAUUCAGGCAAUGUAAUACUUCAGAAUGGAGUAGCCAGGUAUUUAAAUAUAAGUAUUAUAUUAUAAUAAUAAUUACGAAGUUUGAUAAAAUUAUAAUCAAGUAAAAUUAAAAUAAAGUAAAAUUGAAACAUGUAUUAUAAAGAAUCACAGGCUUGGAAAAUUCCUUACUUGGCUUUACAUCAAGAAUUCAACCUAUUGUUAUGAGUGGUGAUUUUGAACUAGAUGAUUUCUCGGCAAUCGAUGUUGUUUGUUUUGGUAUAUAUUUUUCUUUUGUUGAAGUUUGAUUAAAAAUCUGAAACAAAAUUACAUUUUUUUUUAGGCCAUGUUCUAUUUGAAAUGGCAGCUGGAUAUGAAUUGCUUACUCCAGAACCUAGUGAAAUUAAUUUACAAGAUAUUGCUCAUUAUCCUCAAGUAAAUAAAUUCAAUUUAUUGUUGUUUUUAUUUAUUAUUGUGUUUAGUGAAAGCUAAAUAAAGUCAUUAAAAUUGUAUAAAUAUUUAGAACCUUCUUGCAAUGUCCCAUAAAGUAUUUUGUUAGUGUUUACAGUCUGUUAACUAACAGAAUUUGUUCAGUUUAUACAGACAGGACAUUUUAAGAACAGCCCAAAGAAUUGUAUUAAAUUUCUGUAAUUUUAAAUAUUAUUAACAUUGUUUGUUAUUUAACAGGUUGUUGAAAUAAUGGACUUUGUAUUUAAAAACCCUAGUGGUCGAGUGCCUACAAUUGAACAGUUAGUAAUGGCUGAAUUUUUCAGAAAUAUUGAUCUCAGAGAAAUGCGUGCAACAUCUUGGCCUGUAAGUUUAUAUAUUUUUUUCUCUUUUAUACAAUUGGUAUAAAAUAUUUAAAUAGAAAUAUAGUUCUAAAAAAUUCUAUGCUAAUACAUUUGUGUAUAAUAGCUAUUACAGGCUAAAAUGACAGCUUCUUCAUCACAACUGCUGGAAACUGUGAGAAACAGAAAUUGUAGCAAGAGUAUCUCGUAAAUAUUUGUCUUCCCUAUUCUGAAAUAAAAUGCAUCUAUUUUCAUGGUUAUUAAUAAAGACUUAAAAUGUAUUACACCUUAUAGGACUCCAGACAACCAUGAUGUAACAGAAAUAAAUACCAAGGAAACUUUACAAAUCAGAAAACUAUCAAUGUAAAUUAUAUUAUUAAAAAAUUAAGCAUAAUAAGAAUUCAAUAGUUAAAAAAUAAUAAGACAUUUGUCAUAAUUUUAAAUUGAUUAACAAUUUAAAUACUUCAUAAUUACAUAAUACUAAUUUUUUUUUUUAAUUUUUAUCCAACUUUUAAAGGUUAAAUCAAAUUUUAAUAUGAAUAUUAUAGCUUAACACUUAUCUUAUAUAAUAUAAAUUUAAAUUUACAGGAGAAGUAAAAGUUGUGACGAUGAAAAAUAUUCUCACGCAACAGAAAGAAAAUCAAAUUUUGUGGGCGACAAAGAAUCUAUGGUAUUAAACAAAUUAACAUUUAAUUUUCUUCUUACAGUUCAUUACUAACAUACUAACAUAUUUGUUUUAGGAACACCGCGGUUUAUCAUUGUACCAUCGCCAACAGUCACUAGACUUCCAGUUUUUGGGUUAAUGAUAAUCUUUUAGUUUGUUUAGUAUUUCUAAACUGACACUUUUAUUAUAAUAUUUCAAGCAAUAUAUAUGUGCUAUUUUAAAACAAAAUUGGGCAAUAAUUUUAUGUAAUGCUUACCAAUCAUCAUCAGAAUCAAAUUCAGCUUGUGGAUCCUUAGACCAAGAUCCAUCAGAAUUUUUUAUCCAGCCAAUUCUGUAAAUUUAAAUUUAAAUAAUAGUAAACAAAAACAAUGUCAAUAUAUGUA